AUGGGGAAUCCGUGGAAGAAGCCGAAUCAUGUCCCGAUCCUGCAUCUGGAAGACUUCAAUACUAUUUCAGGAGACGGGAUUUCCAUUGAUUUGAAUUUGGACAGAGUCAGAGCUAAUAUGGAAAUGCUUGAUCGAGCAGUGGUGGGGAAGAUUUUGGGUAGAAGAGCUUCAUUCUUCUUGUUGAAAUCUGAGAUCCAAAGACAAUGGGGAAGGUUUGGAGAGUUUCAGCUCACCUCUUUGGGUGAGGAUUGUUUUAUAUGUAUUUUUACUUCUGUGGAAGCUAGAAAUGAGGUGCUAAGGGGCGUCCCCUGGUUUAUUGGUGGUAAUUUAGUGGGACUGGAUAGGUGGACACCCAAUUUCUCCCCUACUUCUAUGGAGGGAUUGUCGUCUCCGGUUUGGAUACGACUACCUAAUCUCCCAUUACAAUACUGGGAUGAAUGCAACAUUGCUCGGAUCGCCACGAAGAUCGGUACUCCUUUAUGGAUUGAUGCUUUGACAGCUAAUUGGGGAAUAAGGGAGUAUGCACGGGUUUGUGUGCGGAUGAACUUGGCGAAUAAACUCCAGGCAGGAGUGUGGGUCAAUGGAUGGAAUGGGAGGUUUUACCAGAAGGUGGAAUACAAAGGCAUUGGCAUUAUGUGCUUCGGCUGUGGUAAAAUUGGCCAUCGGAGAGAUCAUUGUCCUUUGAAGGAUGGUGGUCAAGGGGAUGCUGGUUCAAGGAAAGCAGAAGAGCAAUUGAAACAGAGUGAGCCGAUGGAGGUGGUCAUAGCAAGGUGGGGAGACAGCAGAAUUGUGGAAGGAGGGAAGGAUGUUAAGCAGGGAGCUAUUGCCGGAACUUCCACUGGGAAGGAAUGUGAUCAGGAGAAUGAUGAGGAGGUGGGACCGUGGAUUCAGGUUCCCCCUCGACGAAGAAGGAGUACACGACCUACUGGGAGGAAUUUUGUUGGUAACAACAAUAGACAACUGCAAAGUAAUCCCAAACAAGUUGAUUUGAGGAACAUUGAAGCUCCUCAGAGAACAUUGAGACCUACUCAUAAGUAG